GCUGAUAUUAAUUUCUGCUAAGUUUUUUUAGUAUCUGAGCAGUCCUUGAGCUGCAGGAUGUGAGGUCUUCCAGAGUGAUUUACAUAGGCAUCAGGUACUCAGUGUCUUUUUGAGAACUCCAAAGUACAAUGAAACAAAGUAUCAAAUCAGAGCAGAGCUGAUUGAAAUAUACUACCGAAAUGGCUAACAAAACAAACUCAUCUGAGUAUUACUGGUCUUAUGAAUAUUAUUGGGACUAUUUUGAUCCAUUUCCAGUAGAUGGAAGGAUGUUGAAGGUUCAUAAAUAUUCAAUUGUCAUAGCCUUUUGGGUUGGACUUGCUGCAUUCUUGAUGUUUCUUUUCCUCAUUUUGCUCUACAUGUCCAGAUCUGGAUCCACACCAGUAAAGCAGGUGGCUAUAAAUAACCGGGAAGAAGAAAACAGCUCCAGAGGUGACUGAUUCACAUAGAGGAUCUCAGCCAGACAGACUCAGAUUUGAUCCCUUCUGAAACACAUCCUUCUCUCUCAGAUGAAACGGACAUGCAUGGAAGUACCUCAGCCUGAGCUAGAACUGGAAGCAGAUUCCACAAAAAUAAAAACGGUCUUGUAACAGGAAUUGAAAAAAUCAGUACUUUGGAUAUUAUUGCAUAUAGAUCAAAUGAAAUUACCCUAUUUACACAAAUACGAAUUGAGGUCAUCCCCCCACCAAUCUGCAUGGGGAAAAAAGGCUCCUCAUCUUACAUUCUUACAAGGAAACCUGAAUUAAAACACUGACUAUCACCAAACUGCUGCCAGAAGCAGCAUGUGCUUAGUAAUGGAAACCAACUGUGAAGUUGAUUAAAUGAAGCCAGUACUGCAUAUGGCUAUAAAACCUAGGA